CCGAAGAGAGAGUGGUGCACCUCCCCCCCGGCUGCAUCAACUCACUCAAAAGAUCCACCUACACACACCCCACACCCACACCCACACCACACCCACACAUCCACUAUGUACCCAUGACACAGGGUGGCUGGCUGAUGGGUGGCUUACCAGUGUGAAUGUUGCCGUCACUGCCAGGGGGAGGAGGUGCGUGGUGGGAGGGAGGGUAGCAGCAACUGACUCUAUCUGCACGUGUGUCAUCAAUUUGUGUGUCAUCAUGACACACAAACCCGGAUACGGAGCUAGGUGAGUUCCACACACCCAUUCACGCAUGCACGCACACAUUGUGUGUAUCACGCAUCGUAACAUCGCCACACAUCGCGAUUCUGGUGUGCUGCGGCUUUGUCUUGAUUUCGUUGCGUCUGCAGACUGGAUGUGGGUCUCAUGGAUGUGGACGAGCCCCACUCUGCUGAUGUGGAGGUAGGUGACCCCUCUUUCCCCAUGCAACACAUAUCACUUUGUCGCCCUUGGACUUGGCGUAGUUGGAGGCAGAACCGCUCGCACCAUGCUGCGGCGGAUGACACACACACCACACUUUAACCGACCUCUCAAAGGCAGGACCUCUGUUCAAGUAAUGUGUCCAUCACUUCAUGAUGAAUCAAUCGACGCCAAGACCGUCCAUCAAUCAAUCCAGCCGCCACUCUAAUCGCCAUUAACCGACAGACACACACAGCACUCACUCAUUGACGACACCACAAAACCCCCACCACCCACCCACCGAUAUAUCUAUCUGUCCAAGAAGCUCCAUCGGUCACGUCUUACGGAGCCAGUCACGGGCUACUCACAAGACACGUAUGUAUUACUUCCUGUCUCGUCCCUCCUCCCUCCCUCCCUCCCUGCCGUCCUAGGUCCGACACGCCUUGAGUGCGCUGUGGACGUACUCUCGCUUGCGGGCUCCCAGGAGCACGUAGGAAACACCCGGCUGGUCGAGCAGCCACCGAAUGCAAUACUCCUGUGCGGCAACGCACAUACACACAUACAGAGAGACAGACAGACAGACAUGAACGACGUACGCACGCACCUGCAUUGGCUGUUCGGCGGGUAUGUUGUGUUGGUAGCUGCUGGCCAUGUCGCUGCGCGUCCUCUGACCCAGCACGAAGCGGACACGCUGGUCCAGCGUAUCCACAAACCUCUGGUGCACCACACAACACACAGAGAGAGAGACACACACACACGGCGCUUUGUGUGGUGUGGUGUGUCGUGCCUGUUCUGCUGGCCCUGUGUGUGUUCACCUGGAGCAUAUCGAGGCAUUUGCUGUCCUGCAGCAGUCCCAACUCUCCCACCCCUGAGUGGCCCACCGCCCUUCGUAUGCUCGGCAGAAUGUGGCGGGUCAUCCGCUGCUCCCACUCAAACACGCUGCCCACCUCCCACACACCCUGCUCGAGCCCCUCCACCUCUCGCACCACCUCCCUGUACCUGAUGGCCUUCUGCGGGUCGCCCUUGCCCAGCUCACCAAGGUAUUUCUUGAGCUCCCGUAGGUUGUCUCGGUAAGCUUCGGCGGGAUCAGGCUGAUCCGCCAGCCGCCACGCAUGGGUGCUGGUGAAGGCGUUGAGGGGCCGGUUGAUGAGCACGCGGAGGUGGUUGUGAUGAGCCCACUUGACGGCGUUGUCGAGGCCGGUUGUCUCCACCAAAUUGCCGGGCAGCUGGAUGGUGCUGAAGGAGUGGGAGGGGGGAGGAGCCUUCUUGAGUCGCUCGGCCGCUCUGAUGGACGCCCGGGUCGCGCGCUCGAUCAAGUCUGUGGUGGCAGGAAAGGGAGAGCGGCAGUGUGUGUUUCCCUCCCUCCGUCUCUCACUCUCCGUACACCACACCCCGCCACGGAGUGACUGACCUUGGUAGGGGAGGAAUGUGGGGUCGCUCUCGUCGACACUGAACGAGUUGCUGGAAAUGCCGUACGACUGAAGGCGGCCCCCCGACUGGACUUCCUCCUCCAGCGCUUCAAACACCUGUACAGAGAGUGGAUAAUGGCCACACAACACCUCGCUCCCCCUUUCCCUUCCCCCCGCUCACUCUCUGACUCACCUGCUCCACUCUCCUCAGCAUCUCAUUUCUCGCCCUGACGACGUCUGCCGGUUUGGCGCCGCUUUGCUGGUCUGUCUUCUCGCUCUGCAGGUAGUACCUAGACACACACAAUCGGUGGAGACAGAGGGAUGGGCUCAUUGUAGACUACUGAGAUCAGGCAGCUCAGCUCAGCUCAGCUAGGUACUCGGGGUUGUGCAGCAGGUAGACGUCCAGGUAGGUCGUCUGCAGCCGAUCUAGAGACCGCUGCAGCUGGUCACGCAUAAACCUGACGACAAACAGCAGACGGGGAGACCCGUUCACAGGCAGGCAGGCAGGCCGGCAUUCUGUGUGAGUGUGAGUUGCGGUGUUUACUCUGGGUGGAUGCAGUGCUUGAGGUGAGGGCCGAAGUCAACCGUCUCAGGAAAUGUCAGUCCGCCGUCGUGGCGCUUGAGGUUCUGACCCUGUCGCACAUACCAUACACCACACAGACGAGCACACAUAGCGUGAAUGCACUCUGUCUGUCUGUCUGUCUGUCUGUCUGUCUGUCUGGCCUGGUCAACUCUGGUCUGUCCUGGUCUGUUUGGUGGCCGCAUUGCUUGCCGCACCUGGAUGUACCCGAAUUUGGACACGAGCAAGACGUCUUCUCUCGUGACCUUGCCCUCUCCCUCCAGCUCCUUAAGCACACGACCCACCAGCUCCUCGGCCUCGCCGUCGCCAUAAUUCGCUGACCGACAAAGUGCAGACAAAGAAACAUACAGACCCCAUGAAAUGAAUGGCUGCUGCUGCCUGCCUGCCUGCCUCCCUGAUCUCUCCCCCUCUCUGUGUGUGUGAAUGGGUCUAUGCACCUGAGUUGUCAAUGAGUCGGAUGCCGUUGAGGAUGGCCUCCUUGAGCGCCAGGGCAUGCUCCUCCACACGCCAUGUGACGCGAUAGCAUCUGCAGAUAGAUAGAUGACACGCACACAGAGACAGCCGGCCCGGCCCGGCCCGGCCUCUUUGCAAUGAGUGCACAGCUGCCCCUCUGUCUGCGCACCCAAAGCCAAUCGGCACGAAGCCGUCAGGAGAUCUCCGCGUUGUCAUGUCUGCACUCCCGGCCGUUGUUGCCAUGGCCAUGGCUGGACCCAAGGAAGCCGACAACCAGCGCAUCCUCAAUGAGCCGACCUCAGAUCUCCUGCUGCUGCUGGUGGUUGUGGUGGUCGAUAACGCGGGCCUUUGUGUCAGUGUGUGGAAGGUGGCAGCAGGAGCAUAACGAUUGCUGAUGAGUCUGGCGGUCGACGAUGAUGUCAGGCCUGCUGUGGCUUGAAGCGUAGCCACCAGAAUGGCGGACGGGCGUGUCAUUCGAAGGGUCCG